GUAAAUCAACAACCAACAUACUUUCAAAUUACACGAUAAAUCAGAUGCUAGCAGUGCCGCUGAAUCCUUCCUAUACGCCCCACCUAUUUACUAUUCUAUAAUAGUAAAUAUAGUAAUUUUUAGAGCUAAGCUUAACCUAUCACGACGCCCUUUUCUUUCCCCUCAUAAUAAAUAAUAAGGCCGAUGCCUCUCAAUAAGAUGUCACGGUAGGUGUGAUCGGCCCCUACUUUUCGCAUCGCGAUGUCAAGUCCGGACAGUCUGGGUCCUUUAUUCGAGCGCAUAAACAUCGCCUUCUUCACAGUAGCAGGCACUUCCUUUGCAUUGAGGGUUUAUGUACGCGCUAUUCUGAUAAAUGCAUUCGGAAAGGAUGAUUAUUGGAUGACAGCCGCAAUGGCGGCGUAUAUAGCCAACACCACAAUCGCUAUUUUGAGUGUGAAGUAUGGCUCGGGGCAGCAUAAAUGGCUUAUAGAGCCAGAAGACAUCACGAUGGCCUUGAAGCUCACAUACGCAAGCGAGAUAACAUACGGAACGACGAUGAUACUUACAAAAAUGUCCAUCGCAGCGUUUUUAUUGCGAGUAACGCCACAUAAAAUUCACCGACGCAUCAUAUAUACCGCUGCAGCGCUAACCUGUGCUGCUGGGUUGACUCUAGUCUUCAUCGUCAUGUUCCAAUGUAAACCAGUGUCAUUAUUCUGGUACAGAGAUCAGCCUGGAUCGUGUUUGCCGGUGGACGCGAUCAUUACCAGCACAUACUGUUAUAGCGCUUUCGCUAUCCUGACCGAUUUCACCUUUACAUUACUCCCAUUAUAUCUCAUUUGGAAACUUCAAAUGGACAUGAAGCUUAAGAUAGUUCUCGGCCCAAUCAUGUGUCUAGCAUUUAUGGCAAGUCUCGCCGUUAUCAUUCGGCUUCCUUACGUUAGCGACUUUAAGAAAGAUGAUUUCCUAUACGCCACCACUAACUUUGCCAUAUGGUCAGCGGUUGAGCAAAGUCUGGCGAUCACAGCGGGUAGUUUAGCUACACUUCGUCCGUUGCUCCGUAGGGUAUCUGACCGUUUCAAGACUUUAAGGGCGUCAUUGUGGAAUAGUGCAGAUAACGCAACAGCCCAUAGCAAUGACUCUGCCACGGCGCAACUCACUGCACGCCGGGCGGAUGAGUUCAAACUUCAAACUCGAAAUCCAUAACUUUUUUCCAUAUGUCUUCUUCACUCCGGUUCAUUUCGCGGUUCAUGUUCGUGAUCCCAUGCCUAUCAAAGCAAUAGUCGAACCGAAUAGGUGCUGGUCUUCUGUCAUCGAAAAUGUGACAAUGCUGACACGGCCUCGCGGGACUGGAAGUCGGGGGCGGGUCAUUAUGACGAUAGAAACAUAUCGUCGAUCGCAUGAUUACACCCGAUGUGGUACUGAGAGCAGACUGCAUCAAGCGCCAUAACUUCCUAC